AUGAUCGAUUGUUUGGUGCCGGGUCUAACUCCGACUUUGUCUCUGAUAUUUCAGGGUCACCCCGAGCUGCUCUCAGGGAGGUGCUGGCCAUUUCCGGGUGCACAGGGAACUCUUUUCAUCUCCCUGUCCCACCUGGUCAGACUUACCCACGUCACACUGGACCACCUGCCGCUCUACAACUCCCCCACUGGACGCAUCGACUCGGCACCAAAAGAUUUCGAGAUCUACGGGACAGUCAGCGAGAAUGAAGACAGUACUCUGCUGGGGAAGUUCAUCUAUAAUAAGGACGGCGAGCCGAUGCAGACGUUUGAGCUGCCUAAACCCAGUGAGGUGCUCCAUCACUUUGUGGAGCUGCAUGUCCUCACAAACUGGGGUCAUCCAGAGUACACGUGUGUUUAUUGCUUCCGUGUACAUGGAACCAUGACCUCCACGUAACGUCCGAAGUGGCC